CCGGGCUGUGCCGGGCCGGCCGGGUCAGGGCAGGCGCGGGGGAGGGUCGGCGCCUGAGUCGGCGGUGCCGGGGACAGGCGCUCGGGGCAGCCCGCGCCUCGCGGAGGUCCCCGCCCCGUCCCGGCCGAGCCGGCUAGCCUGUCAGUCACUGGGGCGGAGGCAGCGGCGGUAGCGGGGCCGGAGCCGGGCGGCGAGGAGAGUGAGGGCCAGGCCCAGCGGAGGGGAUCUGCCACAGCCCCUCAACGUAUGGACUCUUCGCCCCAGAGUGUCGAUGCUGCACCCCCGCGCUUCGUUGGAACGCCUUCUGUAACCCGCCAAGGGCUCCUUCCCUCGUGACCUCCCUCCCACCCCAGUGACCUCCUCCUAGGACCCGGGAGCGCACUCCGACGAGGGUGUUGUGGGUACAGGCCAUCGACCCAGUGACCUCUCACGGGCUGGGGCUCGGUUUUCCCCACGGGCCUCCCUCCCCAUGACUUCCUUCUCACAGAUUCUGGAAACAGAGCCGUGACCUACCACUGGGACCCCCGCCUGGAGAACUCCUCACUGUGGGCUCCUCCCCAGAACCCCCCCUCAGUGGCUCUCCUCCUAAGACCACCCCUUUUGGUGUCUGGCAAGCCCUCCAACCCCAAUCGAGGUGGGGAGGCCUCGGCAGCCAUGCCCACCCUGGGUCCCCUGUCACCACACCACCACUCCCUGGGCACUCAAGCCGGGGUCUAGCAAGGGGGCCAGCAGCCAAGGGGCUGGGGCAGGAGACAAGCCAGGGUCCCCCUCCCUGCUGGGGAGGAGCAGAGAUGGACCGGCGGGAGGAGCAGCCGGGGGCUGCCGGGGCUGGAGCAGCACCAGCCUUGGACUUCACUGUGGAGAACGUGGAGAAGGAUCCAGAGUGGCCAGCACCUGCUCAAUCCUGUGUUCUCCUGCAGGCGCUGCACCAGCUCUACUAUGACCCCAACAUUGAGAACAAGAACCUGGCUCAGAAGUGGCUGAUGCAGGCCCAGGUCUCCCCGCAGGCCUGGCACUUCAGCUGGCAGUUGCUACAGCCUGACAAGGUGCCUGAGAUCCAGUACUUUGGGGCCAGUGCCCUGCACAUCAAGAUCUCUCGCUACUGGAGCGACAUCCCCACGGACCAGUAUGAAAGUCUGAAGGCGCAGCUGUUCACUCAGAUCACUCGCUUUGCCAGUGGCUCCAAGAUUGUGCUGACUCGGCUGUGUGUGGCGCUGGCCUCGUUGGCGCUCAGCAUGAUGCCUGACGCUUGGCCAUGUGCUGUGGCAGAUAUGGUACGACUCUUUCAGGCUGAGGACUCACUGGUGGACGGCCAGGGCCGCUGCCUGGCUCUGCUGGAGCUGCUGACAGUGCUGCCUGAGGAAUUUCAGACCAGUCGCCUGCCCCAGUACCGCAAGGGCCUGGUGCGGGCCAGCCUGGCAGUGGAGUGUGGGGCCGUCUUCCCAUUGCUGGAGCAGCUGCUGCAGCAGCCCAGCUCCCCCAGCUGUGUGCGUCAGAAGGUACUCAAGUGCUUUUCCAGCUGGGUGCAGCUGGAGGUGCCGUUGCAGGACUGUGAGGCCCUCAUUCAGGCUGCCUUCGCCGCUCUGCAGGACUCGGAGCUCUUUGACAGCAGCGUGGAGGCCAUUGUCAAUGCCAUCUCACAGCCUGAUGCCCAGAGGUAUGUGAACACACUCCUGAAACUCAUCCCACUGGUGCUGGGACUGCAGGAGCAACUGCGACAGGCAGUGCAGAAUGGGGACAUGGAGACCUCCCAUGGCAUCUGUCGCAUUGCUGUGGCCCUUGGCGAGAACCACUCUCGGGCCUUGCUUGACCAAGUGGAGCACUGGCAGAGCUUUCUGGCCCUUGUCAACAUGAUCAUGUUCUGCACGGGUAUCCCUGGCCACUAUCCUGUCAAUGAGACCACCAGCUCCCUGACACUCACCUUCUGGUACACGCUGCAGGAUGACAUUCUGUCCUUUGAGGCAGAGAAGCAGGCUGUGUACCAGCAAGUGUACAGGCCAGUCUACUUCCAGCUGGUGGAUGUGCUUCUGCACAAGGCCCAGUUCCCUUCUGAUGAGGAAUAUGGAUUCUGGUCCUCAGAUGAGAAGGAGCAGUUCCGAAUUUACAGGGUGGACAUCUCAGACACGCUCAUGUAUGUUUAUGAAAUGCUGGGAGCCGAGCUGCUCAGCAACCUCUAUGACAAGCUGGGCCGUUUGCUCACCAACUCAGAGGAGCCCUACUCCUGGCAGCACACAGAAGCCCUGCUCUAUGGCUUCCAAUCCAUCGCAGAGACCAUUGAUGUCAACUAUUCUGAUGUGGUGCCUGGGCUCAUUGGCCUCAUCCCACGGAUCAGCAUCAGCAACGUGCAGCUGGCGGACACCGUCAUGUUCACCAUUGGAGCUCUGUCUGAAUGGCUGGCUGACCACCCCGUCAUGAUCAACAGCGUUCUUCCCCUUGUACUGCACGCCCUAGGCAAUCCUGAGCUCUCUGUCUCUUCUGUGUCCACCCUCAAAAAGAUCUGCCGAGAAUGCAAGUAUGACCUGCCACCCUAUGCUGCCAACAUCGUGGCAGUCUCCCAGGAUGUGCUAAUGAAACAGAUCCACAAGACAAGCCAGUGCAUGUGGCUGAUGCAGGCAUUGGGCUUCCUGCUGUCAGCCCUGCAGGUGGAGGAGAUCCUUAAGAACCUGCACUCGCUCAUCUCGCCCUAUAUCCAGCAGCUGGAGAAGCUGGCAGAGGAGAUACCUAAUCCCUCCAACAAGCUGGCCAUUGUCCACAUCUUGGGGCUUCUCUCCAACCUCUUCACCACGCUGGAUGUUAGUCAUCAUGAGGAUGAUCAUGAAGGCUCUGAGCUCCGGAAGCUGCCAGUACCACAGGGACCCAACCCAGUGGUAGUGGUGCUGCAGCAGGUCUUCCAGCUUAUCCAGAAGGUGCUGAGCAAAUGGCUGAAUGAUGCCCAGGUGGUGGAGGCGGUGUGCGCCAUUUUCGAGAAGUCUGUUAAGACGCUGUUGGAUGACUUUGCCCCCAUGGUGCCACAGCUGUGUGAGAUGCUGGGUCGGAUGUACAGCACCAUCCCCCAGGCCUCAGCUCUUGACCUCACUCGACAGCUGGUCCACAUCUUUGCCCACGAGCCUGCCCACUUUCCCCCAAUCGAGGCCCUCUUCCUGCUCGUCACCUCCGUCACACUCACUCUCUUCCAGCAAGGGCCCAGGAAUCAUCCUGAUAUUGUUGAUUCAUUUAUGCAACUCCUGGCACAGUUGAAUAGAGUUUCUUCAUCUGUUUCCGUGGAAGUUGACAACCCAACAUCCUCCUUUAGUGCCCCUUUGCCUCAGCUUAGCUCAGUCUUCUACAAAGACCAGGGAGAGGCUGGUCCCAGAGGGAGGCAGCGGGCUGGCCUGGUGGGGGUCGGGAAGGGAGGGGGCCGGUAACUGCCCCGCAGCUCCUGGGCGUCUGGGGUGCCCAAGAAGUUCAGGGGUAGAACUGAAGUUCAAGGGCCUGGGGUUCAUUGUCCCCGUGCUCCUGCCGGGAACUGCCUGCCUCAGUGCCUCCAGCCUGCUCUUGAGAGGUAGGCUCCAAGGGCAGGGCUGAGAUGAAUGUGCUUCCAUGGAGCCCAAAGCCCGGAGCCCAGAACGGGCUGCUGGACAGGUUGUGCUGCUGCUGGGAGGCGGGGUGCUGGCUCCACUGUGAGACUGUGUUAGGUUGUGUGUGUGUGUGUGUGUGUGUUAAUGUGUCGGGACUUACUUUGUGUGUUUUGAGUUUGGUUUGGUAAGGACAGAAAUCAUGUAACUGCUGUAAGUAGUAUGCGUAUUAUGUUGGAUUUGUAGUUGAUAUGUGGAUAUGUGCGUUGGUGUGUGUUUACGUUGAUGUGUGUUAGGCAUUGGUGGAUUUUGAAUGUUGAUAUGUGUUGGAGGCAUGUGCGUGUUGGGCUGUGGGAAUGUGUUAUGGAGGAUAGGUAUGUAUAUUGUGGCAGGUCUGUAUUAAGGUAUGUGUGUUUUGGAAAAGAUAUAUGUUGGGCUGUGGGAACGUGAGGUUAGUAUAUAGGAGUUCUGUGUUAGGGGGCUUCUGCAGGUUGGGGGGGGGAGUCCUGUGGGUAAAGGUAAAUAAUGUGGGGGGAUUUAUUAAUCAUUCCACAAAUAUUUAUUGUGUAAUACAUGCUUGAUACUCUGCUAGGUACUGGGGGUAUAACGGUGCACAAAAGCGGGCACGAUUCUUACUCUCUUGUAACUUACAGUUUGUUUGGUGGUGGUGGGGAGGGGGGCAGGGUAAAAGGCCUGGGGAAUAGGGAGUGUUCUGGGCCUGGAUGGAUAGAUGUGUGGGUAUCUGUGAGGGUGUACCUUUGUGGGUGAGGGUAUUUGACUAUGCAUUUGUGGAUGAUGUGUUGAGAGAGUACAAGUGCUGGAAGAUUGGUAGAUUGAGGGUGUGGGUGUGGAGCUGGUUUGGGGAUGUGGUGGUUUGAGUGUGUGAAUAUGUAGUGUGAGUGCAUUACAAAUGUGUGUGGAGGA